AUGGCCGUCGAUUCGCGUGAUUCGCGUGUUGCACUUCGAUCGGUGAUGGACCCAGUUCCCAGUCCGUCGGGGCCGGUCAUUUCGAUCGCAACUCCCCUAGCCGCCCGAAUCGAGAGCCACAAUGACAAAUUAUUGAUGUCACGUAUGUCUAUUGCCUCUCUUGGCUCUGGUGCCGGGUGGUGA